AUCAUUUUUUAUAUCUACAACAAAAAGCUUAUGAUAUAUAGCAUUAAUUCAUUAAGAAAAUAGUUUUAAUUUUUUUUUUUAUUAUUAAAUCAUUGUUAUGAAAUGCUCAAAAUAAAUUUAUCGUUCAAUUUUAAUUUUAAUGUUUAAAAAAAUAUUGUACCACGUUAGUGUUUCAUAGUACUUUUAUAUAUGAUAAAUAUUUUUAAAAAUUAAAAAAUCUUGUUUAAUUUUCCAUGAAUUUUCAUAAUUUAAAUUGCAUUAUUUGAUGAUAUAACGUUCUUUACUAGCACUUCAUUCCAUCAAAAUUUAUACUGUCACUGAUGUCUCUAUGAUGUUUUAGUCAAAUUAUUUAGUGCUAUUACAGAAAAAAAUUAAUAUUUUUUAAAGCAUGAACAAUAGAAGUUAUUCAGUUUUAACUAAAGAAUUAAAUAGUAAUCAUUUACAUCACACUAUGGACCAUAAUAGUGAGCGAUUAUUAAAAAAAUUAAAUCCGUAUCCAGUUCUUGAUACAGAUCCUACUUUAGAAAAUGUAAAUUAUACUAUUUCAUCAACAAAACCAUCUAAUCAUUUAGACUCUGAUAUUCAUAAAGAGCAUUAUCAAUAUCAUAGUGAGAUGCAAAAAUGGGAAGUAAAUGAAAAUGGUGUUACUCAAGGUGAAUUUAUUAACAAUGAUCAGUAUUAUAUGCCAAGCAAUAAGGUAAAUUUACAUGUUCGACAACCUCCUGUUCAUCGACAUCGUAAGGUUUUGCCAACUGUUCCACCUAAAUCCUUAGUUUCUAUCAAUACUAAUCAAAAAAAUUCCUCACAUUCAUCUACUAAUAGUACUCAUCAAAAAGUUCAAAUCGCUAAAGAUAAUUUGACUAACCAAAAUUCCAAAAUUACCAUUUCUGAUUUUAGAGAAUCAUCUCUAGAGAUAAAUGAUACUCUAAGGCAAUUGAAAAAUGUAUCUAAAAAUGUUUAUGACAAUCCUAAUCAUUUACAAGAAUCUGUUAUAACGACAAAUGACAAUAUCAAAAUGUCCAAUAGAUAUGUGAUAAGUAAUCAUUUAAGUUCAAGUACUUUUGAAAAUAAUGAGAUUAAUAAUAUAUCAAUUAAAAAAGAACUAUUAAAACCACUAGACAAUGUAACUUUCAAUUCACCGUAUAAGGCAGGAAAAGAUAUUUCAUCUGUUAAUGGUACACAUUCAGUAUGUAACUUGGUGCAUGAUUUUUAUGAACCAUCUUUAGAACUUAAGCCUCAUAAUACUAAACUGAAAGUAACACAAUCUUUAAAUAGUGAAAUAAAUGUUACAAAAGAGGAUAUGCCAAAAUUGGAUUUUGAUCAUUUGUUUUCAGAUGUUCAAAAUAACAGACUUAAAGAAAAUGUUCAACUACAUUCAGCUUUAAGACUUAGUUUGUUUUCAAAUAUUCCUCCCUAUAUAAAAUUUUCUUCACACGAUGUAAAAGGUGAAUCAUUUCCAUUGCCUUUGCAAAAAAUACUUAAGUGGAAAUUAAGUUCAAUUACUCCAAUUGUAGUUAGGCGAACAGUUCAAAAUAGUGGUUUUAAAUUAGUGAAAAAAUCUAAUGAUUGGGUCGGGACAUGGGGAAAACAUAUGAAAUCUUUGUGUUUCAAAACUCUUCGUGAUCAGCAAAAACUUAAUCAUUUCCCUGGAACAUUUCAAAUUGGACGUAAAGACAAAUUAUGGAAAAAUUUGCAAAGGCUUAUGUUGCAAUUUAGUAAAGAUGAAUUUAACUUUAUACCGACAUCAUAUAUUUUACCUCAAGAAACCAAAUUAUUACGACAAGUAUGGGAAAAAAAUGAUGAAGACAAAUGGAUAGUUAAACCACCAGCAUCUGCUCGAGGAACUGGUAUUCGUGUAAUAUCAAAAUGGAAUCAAAUACCAAAAAAAAUACCUUUAGUAGUACAAAAAUAUAUAGAUAAUCCAUAUUUGAUUAAUGAUACUAAGUUUGAUUUAAGACUAUAUAUAUUAAUAACUUCAAUUAAUCCACUUCGUAUUUAUUUAUAUGAUAAUGGAUUAGUGCGAUUUGCCUCAGUUAAAUAUUCAUCUGAUCUCAACACAAUAUCUGACCGAUAUAUGCACUUGACAAACUACAGUAUUAACAGAUUGAGUAGCCAAUAUACUCAAAAUGAAGAUGCUAACGCAUGUCAAGGCCAUAAAUGGACUUUAAGAUCACUAUGGACAUAUUUAGAAAAAGAACGAAAAAUAGAUAUUCAAAAUUUAUGGGAAAGUUUAGCUGAUUUAGUUGUAAAAACUGUUAUCAGUGGAGAAUCACCAAUGAGUCAAAUGUGUCGCUCAAACUUAAGUAAUAGAUAUAACUCCUAUGAGUUAUUUGGUAUUGAUGUACUUUUUGAUGAAUUUCUUAAACCUUGGAUUUUAGAAGUUAAUAUAUCUCCUUCUUUACACACAUCUUCACCCCUUGACUUAGCUGUUAAAGGACCUUUAGUGAAAGAUUUAAUGAACAUGGUUGGUUAUCACAUACCAAAUAAGAUGUCCCCUACUACUCAUAAUGCUUUGCUCAAGAUGUUAGGCAUUAAAUCACCAUUAUGUUAUGACAAAAGAUUAUACACAUUCAAUUUAUCAGAUAAUGAAAAAAAAAAGCAAGAGUAUUACAGCAAUAUCAAGUCAAGAGAAAAUUAUAUAGAUAGCAUAUUAAAUGAUUUGCUGCCAGAUGACAUUAGACAUCUUAUUGAAUAUGAAGACGAACUGACCCAAAUUGGAUCAUUUCAGAAAGUAUUUCCUACUACCACUUCUUAUAAAUAUCACCAAUAUUUUGAUAGUGCUAGGUACUAUAAUAUGUUAUUUGAUGCUUGGGAAAACAAGUAUUAUAACAACAGAAAAGAAGGUGUUGCUUUAUUAGAAAAGUUUUGUCAAAAAAAAGUUCAUUUGGAAGUACCAGAUAAAGAAGAAAAGCAAUUUAAGACUUACGAGACCCACCAAAAUAUAAAAAUGGAAGUUGAGAAAUGUGUUGAUUACGGUGAUGAUGUUAGUGAUCAACAUCAAGCAAUCAUCAGCCAUUUUUCAAUGUCGGCAGCAGAACGUCGUCAUAUGGUAUAUACAUCCAUAACUAUGUCUGACGAAGACGACUGGAUAAGUGAUAAUUUUCUUUUCGAUGAUACAACUUCGACUACUGGGCACCCAAUGAUUUCCUGAUACAUAACCAUACUAAUGAAUACAAGACAAGCAAUUUCGUCAAAUAGAAUACGUCUUGUUAGUUUUGUUAAUGGUUUUUGGACAUGGUUAAAAACACAUAUUAACUAACAUUUAUUGAGUAAGAUUAUAUAUAAAAGUAAAUUGUGAUAAUCAACUUAAAUUUUAAACUUAACCAAAGUUACUUGAAUUAUUAUUAGAAUUUAGAACUCAUUAGGUCAAAAGCGUAUUUUGAACUUUUUAUUGGGGGCGUAGUAUAUAAUGUAUAUUAAUAAUAAUUGUAAAAUCAUGGACGUAGUUGAAUUCCUAACCCAAGAUAUAAAAAUAUUUAAUACGUCUUUAUUAAUAUCUCUCCAAAAUAAUUGUGAUACCAAUAGCUUUAGCUUGGCACUAAAAAGUGUCAUUUAUUAUGUUUUGAUAAUUAUUAUAAAAAUAGUCAAACGACAAUAUCUAUCUCAUAGACCUGCGGGUAUUGGUAAAAUAAUUAAAUGCAGAAUGAAUUUUUAAUAUAAAACAAAAUAUUAAUUACAUAUAAAGAAAGCUAGAAAUAAAAUGUGCAACAUAUAACAUGAAUCCAAACUGAUUAGAACAAAAUACAUCAUAUAAAUCAAAGUUAGAA